AUGACAUCCACUGCAGGGACCGGCUACACCUUGAUUCCUAACCAGAAAUACAGACGCAGUAACCGUCGCUACAGACAGCGCUGCAACAUCUCGGAAGCAGAUUCCCAAUCUCUGUCAACACUUGGAUAUUUUCAAACACUUCCAUUAGAGAUCUUCCAAAUUGUACUGAAUUAUCUUUCAGUGAAGGAUAUCAGCAUGCUCAGCAUGGUGUCGAAAACCAUCAGCAACCGCCUUGUUAAUUACAUCUCAACCGCAUCAGGGAACCGAAGGCUUUUAUUGCAGGACUUUCAUAACCUUGAGCUACCUGGCAAGAGAGAAGGAUCCUACAUUCUAGAGCACUACAAAUCUCUAGGGUUGCUGCUUAAAAGAUGCACGCUUCUAUUGCCUACAAAAGAUAGGCUAAAGUAUAUACACAAGAUUCUCUCAGAAGUUUCCUGUUUUAAACUUAAUGGUUGUCCAAGUCCUUUGCAUUGUUUAGGAUUACAGUGCUAUGGGGUAUUUUUACAGAUCCUCACAGCAGGCUGGGAUGAACUAGAGUGUCACCGGGUUUUUAACUUCCUCUGUGAGCUGAGCAAUUUACCCCGUAAAGUACAGACAGUUGUCAGCAGCAAACCGGGAAGCGCCCGAAAGCUAGAGCUGCGGAUAAGGUUAUACUGUCGUAGCGUCUUGUUGAACCACUGGAUUCAUCGAAGUGAUUCUGCAUUUUGGUUGACUCGUAUUUUAAAGCCGUGGCCCAUGGUUAAUCAAGCUCGCCUGCUGUAUAUCAUCUUUGGGCCAGUGUCCUCUCUUGAUGGACAUGUGGUUUGGCAGAAAAUGAUAGAAGGACCAACAGAUGAGACCAGUCUGAAAGGUCUAGCAGAUGCAAUUAAACUGCUGUAUGACACAGAAGCUAGAGAAUGGACAGCAGAUGAUGUUAUCAGUCUUGUGGACGAGCUGUCAGUUGUUCCCCGGGAGUGGCUCAUGGAGAACAAUGCUCGGCUUCUUAUUCUGAGUGGAAACAACAUUUGCUUCACUUUCAUGGCCAGUAAAGCUGUGAAUGGGAGAGCCGUCGAGUUAGCCAGACUCAUGGUCUUCCUGGCUUUGGUCUGUGAGAAGGACCUGUACUGCAUGGACUGGGCAGUAAAAAUGAUGCAGAAGGUCUGCAAAGUUUUCAGGACUCCAGGGGAGAGAAACAACUUCCUGCAGUGUGUGGAGAACGCCUUUGCGCACAUGAUCAUGGACAUGCUACAGGCAGUUCUGUCCGGGGAUCGUGAUGAAGAGGACAACAGCUUUCUGAAUUUGUUUCACCUUAUAAAUGCACAAGCGAACUUCCAUAAAGAAAUCCUGUACCUGACCAUGAAAAGCAACACCAUUUGA